AUGUUGAUGUUGCAGACUGCGGUUCCGGCUCCAGCUCCAGCUCUUGGAGAGCCAAUGGACAUCAUAACUGAUUUGCAGCUGGUGUUGAGGAACUCAAGGGCUCAUCGUGGGCUUUCUAAAAGGCUCCAUGAAAAGAAUAUAGAAAAGCAUGCUGCUCAACUUUCUGUGCUGACACAAGAUUGUGACCAGUCAGAUUAUGCUAAGUUGGUGAAAGCAUUAAGUGUCGAUCAUAAUGUCAGUUCGAUAAUGGUUCCGAGCGCUAAAACCUCGGUGAAUGGGCUGGUGCAAGUACCCUAUUAG